AUGACCCAAGGGCCUCGAAAGCCAUUAGGAAAGAUUGCUUUCAUUGGAACUGGAGGCACCAUUGCGUCGGAAGGCAACGAUGAGUACGACCUCCUUGACUACAACGCAGAUGGAGACCGCCGUAAGCGUCAUGGUGCUCAACACGUCAUUGACAAAACUGGCGUUCGUGCCCUUGCCGACGUGGAGGUCAUCAACAUUGGGCCCAUCGAUAGCACUGACAUGAGCCCCAACCACUGGCAUGAACUUGCUGAAACCUGUUGCACUUUGGCGGAAGAUGCCGAGCUUCGUGGUAUCGUCAUUGGGCACGGAACAGCAAGUCUGGAGGAGACUGCGUGGGUUUUGUCCCUAGUCCUGAAUCUGAAGAUACCUGUCAUCAUCACCGGGUCUGUACGCCCGUUGACCGGCAUUUCUUCAGAUGCAACGGCCAAUUUGACUGCCGCUUUCCGUGUGGCCGCUCAUCCAGUCACUCCAAACGAACCGGCAAGGGUUAUAGUCGUAGCCAACGACGAAAUCCAUUCCCCUCGCUCCGUCACGAAAACUCACACCCUUCGGCUUGGUACCUUUAGAUCACCUUGGCUAGGCCCCAUUGGUUACGUCGAUGGCGACGCGGUCAACAUGAUGUCGAGGCAGACAAGUCCGUCUAGCGGACAAUUCUCUUCAAAGCUGUUGGUCAGUGGUCUCCCUCGCGUUGACAUUGUGUACAGCUACGUCGACGCCGAUGGAAUCGCAGUCAAAGCUUUUGUCGCAGCCGGGGCAAAGGGGCUUAUCUCUGCAGGUUUUGGGCCCGGAUUGGGAACCGUACAGGAAAUUCGUGCAUUCCAAGAGGCGAUUUCCGAGGGCGUCGUGGUGGUCCAGUCCUCACGACUUGGCGCAGGGAAGGUUGUAAACAGCCAGCACCACAAAGAGAUUGGCAUCAUUGCGGGCAACGAUCUGAAUCCGCAAAAAGCCAGGAUUCUUCUUUCCCUCUGUCUCGCUCGUGGAGACGACGUGAACGCGAUUGAAAGCAUUUUUGGUUGCGUUUAG